AUGCAGCAGGCUGGAGUGCUUGUGUCACUGAUUCUUCCUAAAUCAUGUCGCUCUGCUAUCACGCUGUUCCCGCGUCAUGGAUCUACCUAUAUAGCUACCCCUCGGUUCUUCCGUCGUCUUCUCUCACAACGUCCCAUAUCCAUCUGGAAGUUUGCAGAAGAACAAGGAUCCAAAAAGAAGCCCUCUGGGUCCCCAGAAACAGAGGCUGGUGCUGGUCGUGGGGGGCCUAAAACAAAGAUUGAAUUCCAAUUUUCGUUUGGCAAUAGUGGUGCAAGUGGUGGAGGAUCUAAGGGCUCGCAGCAGCCGCGCUCUUGGAAUGUCGGACCUUGGAUUAUUGCUGGAGUUCUUGGAGUGGGUGCCGUAAUGGGCUAUAACGCUUCUCGGUACCAAAAAGUCUCAUGGAAAGAGUUCGCCGAGAAUUUUCUUCGACCGGGUCGUAUCCAUCAUUUGGACGUUGUGAAUAAAGAAUGGGUGCGUGUUUAUCUGCAACCUCCAGGGUUUGGACGUAGUGGAGACGGUGACUCAGGUGACGCCUACGGCAUUUCCUCCGGAGCUUCCGUCUCUCCUUCCAGUUCUAACGAACCUAUCUACUGGUUCGAAAUAGGAGCCGUCGACACAUUCGAGAGAAGUCUCCGUGAACUCGAAGCAAAUCUGGGUGUGGAUCCGAUAAACCGCGUCCCCAUAAAUUACAAGUCUCAGUUUAGGCCGUCAGAUUUCCUCUACAUGGCAUUUUACGCAGCCCUAAUUGGCGCCGCUAUCUAUUCCUUCCGAUCCACAUCUGGGGGUGUUGUUCGCAAGCCCGGGAUGGGUUCUAGCCUCUUCAAUUUCGGCCAAUCUCCGGUACGACUUAUUGAAAAAGACAAGAUCGGAGUCAGUUUCUCAGACGUGGCGGGCUGUGAGGAGGCAAAACUUGAAAUUAUCGAGUUUGUCAACUUCCUCAAGAACCCCGGUCGCUAUGAAGCACUUGGCGCCAAGAUUCCUCGUGGAGCCAUUCUUAAAGGCCCACCAGGAACUGGUAAGACACUUUUGGCAAAGGCGACAGCUGGCGAGGCCAAUGUUCCCUUCCUCUCGGUGUCGGGCAGUGAAUUUCUUGAGAUGUUCGUCGGUGUUGGACCAAAACGUGUUCGCGACAUGUUCAGUCAGGCGCGCUCGAAGGCUCCGUGCAUUCUCUUUAUUGACGAAAUUGAUGCGAUCGGUGGGAAACGCUCUGGCUCUUCGUUCGGUCAUCAGGAAAGAGAAAACACUCUGAACCAGCUACUCGUUGAAAUGGAUGGUUUUACAACUCAGGAAAACGUUGUCGUGCUCGCAGCCACCAACAGAAUCGACAUUCUCGACCCAGCACUCUUGCGACCGGGUCGCUUCGACCGACAAAUCUAUGUUUCCCUCCCCGACAUCAAGGGUCGUGCUUCAAUCUUUAAAGUGCACCUGAAGCCGCUGAAGUCUGCGCUCGACAAGGUGGAGGUGGCGCGUCGCAUGGCAGCACGAACUCCGGGCUUCUCGGGUGCCGACAUCGCCAGUGUCUGCAACGAGGCGGCCCUCAUCGCGGCGAGGCUCGACGCCAAGUCCGUGGACCUCACCCACUUCGACGCCGCCAUCGAUCGGGUGAUUGCGGGGCUGGAGAAGAAGAGCCAGGUCCUUCAGCCGGAGGAGAAAAAGACUGUGGCGUAUCACGAGGCAGGUCAUGCAACAGUGGGCUGGUUUCUGGAGCACUGCAACCCCCUCCUCAAGGUCUCUAUUAUACCCAGAGGCAAGGCGCUGGGUUACGCGCAGUACCAGCCGCGGGACGCCUAUCUGCACACUCAGCCGCAAAUGCUAGAUGAGAUGUGCCUCGCGCUCGGUGGACGAGCCAGCGAACAGGUCUUUUUCGGGAAGGUCGGCUCCGGUGCAAUGGACGAUCUUCAGCGGGUCACACGCUCUGCAUAUGCUCAGGUUGUUCAACUGGGCUUCUCGCCGAAAAUCGGUAAUCUCUCCUUUGACUUGCCUCAACAAGGCGAACCAGUGAUGACAAAGCCCUACUCGGAGCACACUGCCCAAGUCAUAGAUGAGGAAGUGCGUGACAUUGUCGCCAAGGCCUACGAACGAACGAUCAAACUAGUCGAGCAACACAAGGAACACGUUGAAGCGUUGGCGCUUCGCUUAUUGGAAAAAGAACAGCUUCAAAAGGAAGAUCUAAUAGAAGUUCUUGGUCCACGACCAUUCAAGGAAAAGAGUACCUAUGAAGAACUCGUUGGCUCAGGUCCUCUCGAUGAAGACACGGAUCUGCCUCCAGGCCUCAAAGACUGGAAUAAGGAGCCAGAACCAUCAGCCUAA